AUGUAUGAAAAGCCCUUGGAGACCUCUGAAGGGCCAGGGCUGCAGGAGGACCAAGUAUUGCUGAUACAAUCCACCUUUCACAAAUGGUGUACUGUGGACACCCGCAGCAGCAGCUUGUAUGCUGGGAAUGACAAAUGGUCGAUAGACAGCCGUGUGGUCAUCCUAUCGAACACCAACACCCAGUACAGCAUCAAGAUCCAUAACGUGGAUGUGUACGACGAGGGUCCCUACACCUGCUCCGUACAGACAGACAAUCACCCGAAGACCUCCCGGGUGCAUCUGAUCGUGCAAGUUCCUCCCCAGAUUAUCAACAUCUCCUCAGACAUCACCGUGAACGAAGGCAGCAGCGUAACUCUCAUGUGCCUGGCCUUUGGGAGACCAGAGCCUACCGUGACAUGGAGGCACCUGUCUGGAAAAGGCCGGGGCUUUGUGAGCGAAGACGAGUACUUGGAGAUCUCGGGGAUCACCAGGGAUCAGUCCGGGGAGUACGAAUGCAGCGCUGUCAAUGACGUCGCUGCCCCAGACAUCCGGAGAGUGAAAGUCACCGUAAACUACCCCCCGUACAUCUCCAACACCAAGAACAUCGGCGCCUCGGUGGGCCAGAAGGGGAUCCUGCGCUGCGAGGCCUCGGCCGUCCCUGUCGCAGAAUUUCAGUGGUUUAAGGAAGAAACGAGAUUAGCCAAUGGGCUGGAUGGCGUGAGAAUCGAGAACAAGGGCCGCAUGUCCACACUGACCUUCUUCAACGUCUCAGAGAAGGAUUACGGCAAUUACACCUGCGUGGCCACCAACAAGCUGGGGAACACCAACGCCAGUAUCAUCCUGUACGGCCCCGGAGCAGUGCACGACGGCAGCAACUCAGCGUCCCGAGCAAUGGCCUGCCUCUGGCUAUCGGGCACCCUCUUCGCUCACCUCCUCAUCAAGUUUUGAUAAGAAAGCAGAGGGUCCUCGGAGGCGACGCCUGGCUUCUCCCACACCACAGACUUUACUCUCUACACUGCGGGGGCAAAAAACAGUUUUACCGCUUGAACGGACUGCCGGGGGGGAGGGGCAAAGGGUUCCGACUGCCGGUUAGGGGGAUAAGUCACGGGCGUUUCCCAAAGCUAAUCAAUUUCUUCUGCCCCGGCCCCGCCCUCAACCCUAUUUAUAACCCUGUCCCAACGUUACGCGUUUCUCGGCCGCGCCUGUUCCACCUACCCCAGGAGACGGGUCUUGGCUUGAGAGACGACACACAGUGGAAGUCAAAAUGAGUCCAAGUGUCCUAUUAUCUCGGUGUCGCUUAAGCAAACGGAUUGUUCUUUCUCCUCGUUGCACUGUACAUACCUGUUCAUGUUUCUCAGUGUCCUGUCACACUUGGGUUUCCCCUGGCGUCCCUCUGGAUGGCUGGAGUAAUAAAUCCCACGCCGUCCUCCCACCUCAUCUGGGCCUUCGGCAGCAGCUGCAGUGAGGCUCUGGCCAUAGUGCAUUUGGGUACAGACAAAGGAUUCAAGAUCCCUUGGCGUGGAGAAAGGGAAAAGCUAGGGGGCGCUGUUCUCCCCUUGCGCUAAAACGGAUGGCUGAGUGGCUAACGCAAACAAAUAAAUAGACAAAAUGAUGAGUCAUCCAUCUCCCCAUCCAGCAAAGUAAUCACAGAGCCAUUCUAUCCAUCCAUCUAUCCUAUUCACCGAUCCAUCUAAUUAGCUAUCCAUCUGGCUUUUCCUCUCACCAUCUCUUGACUGUAUUUAUCAAUCUAUCAAUGUAAUUAUCUGUGCUUCUAUCCAAAUCUCUCCUUCUUCUGCUCUCCAUCCAUCCAUCAGCCUAAUCAUCUCUAUUGAGCCUCCUAUUUAUCUAGCCAAGUUUCUAUCCUGCUCCCUCCAUCCGUUUAGUUUUCUUCCUGUUUUGUCUGUUCACCCACCUGUUACGGUGGCGGAUAUUGAGAAAUUUCACAGUGUUACAUUUAGGUGUGUGGCAGAACAUAACCACUGGCUCUAAAGCUAAGCAGGAUUUGGCUGUUUGAGCAUGUCUCUGACACUGGCAAAUUCAAAGCACCCUUCACAUAGCUAAACUCCUCUCCCCCCACAGCCCAAAUAGUCCGACAUCUGUUUUCUCCUAUGUCCCCAAAAUACAAAGUAAGCAACACCCCAACACCGCUCUGUCCACCCCAAACCGUGCUGUUAUGAUCUUUUGCCUUUAAGGACCAAUGUUUUAUAUCUGCUAACAGGUGCUUGCACUGCUGUUUCCAAUGGGGAUGCAUCCAGUUUUUCUAAUUCGCCAUUAAUGAUGGCAAUUCCAACUAGGUCAGCACCCCACCUCCGGAGAGCCAGACUCUAUGUGGCGAUUAUUUGAUCAACGCUUCUCUGCUCACUUCCUUUCCCAGCGCUGAUUCUCAUUUGAUCCGUUAGGAAUCCAUCUAGUCAGAAGCCGGCGGAGGCCAAUUAUUUUGCUAGUGUGUUGACAUCACUCUUGUAUUUGUUUGGGAACCUCUUAUGAGCAGAGGGUACUUGAAUAACUGACUUAAUUUCCAGGCACUUGAUUAACUCAACACUGAAAACAGAUGGGAAAGAGGAAGGGAAGAGAAAAAAUCCUCCCACAAACCUUCAUUUGCAUGGUUUCCCGUUUCUCAGCUGCCUUUGCAGAAGCCUUCUACAGAGGGACAGCUGUUUCCAAAAUGGAGCAGAGCUUUUAUUUUUCAAACUGUGGAGGUUUAUUUUGAGUUUUGAUUGAUGCUUCCCCAUGUUCCUUGGUUAGGUUUAGGCCUUACUUGAAUGAGCACUUUCUCGGAAGCCUAAAGGCGGUAAGGGAGGAAUCUAUAUUGCUUCAAUGUCUUUGAAUGUAUUUCUUUAAUUAAAAACAAAAACAAAAACUGCUAACUCUGUGCGUUCCCAAGAAGGCCUGACAGGGCUAGAAGGCUGCAGCAUUCCCAGACCAAACGGUGACCUACGUGGGAAUGAUUUCAAUCAACACCCCAGACCUGAUUGGGCUGUGCAGCAAGACAUGGAUCACUACAGUGAAUCAAGUGGCUCUUAGUAGAAACCUCUUGGCUGUUUCUGAUCCCACAGGCACUGUUACCCAGGAAGCAAGUGAAAGGAGACCUUGAUCGGUUUGCUUAUUUUUGUUUUUGUUUUUUCUUUUUUUAACCACUGGGACCAUCUGACUGACUGCGAGUUCUACUAUUGGUGUCAGGCACGGUAGUUUGAAUGCAGUAAGCAAAAAAAAAAAAAAAGCAGUAAGGAAGUAAGGAAACACACGACCUACCAUACUGAGCUGCUGACGGCCAUGUGCCGGGGACAUGGAUGAUCAAGGAUGUGCUGAAGAUCAAGGAUGUGCCUGAAGAUCAAGGAUGUGCCUCUUCAGAUCUGUCAAUAAAUGUAAAACAUGAACGAUUAAAACAAAGUCUGGAAAAAAAACUUAAACAGGCUUAAACAUUUAGGCAGUAUAUUCACAAAAUGGAGGGGGGUAGUCUUUUGAGUUAAUGCGUAUCAAAAAAUAUCCAGUACCACCGAGGUCUUGAAUGUAUAUGCUUGCCUUCCCCUUGAUUUUUCCUUCCAAGCAAGAGGGAAGAUUUGAGAACAAGGAGCAACUUGUCUGGAUUUCACCACCGCUGUUUUACUGCUCUCAAGAAAUCUCACGGUCCCCUCCCGCUCUUUUAUCUGGAUGAAAAACUGAACGAAGCCGCUGCACAUUGACUGUGUAAGUCUCCUGCAACAUGUUCACAUGGAACCUUGUUCACUGCUGAAGACAUACGAAGGGGUACUGUAUUAUUAUUACUAUUAUUAUUAUUUUAAACCUCUGGCUCCACUGGUGGAAUGUUGGUAAAAAAUGAAAACAGUGGAUCUUCGCAUUUAUAGCUAAUCUUUUAGUUGCGUGAUCUAGUUCAACCACACGUUGUAGGGCUACAGGCUGUGAUCACUAGGUGAAAUCCAAUGCCCGUGUCAAAUUACAGUCCCUUCAAAUCUGAAAAAUGGUACUGAAAAAUGUAAUAGGUGUAUGAAUACCAAAAAAAUUGCAGCAGGUGUCAAAGUAUGGCAUCCAACAGCAAGUUUUAAGUGGCUAAUCAUGCUACAACUCCGUUAAGGCCAAAGGAGGAGAGCUGACGCAGAAAACCUGAAGAGAUGGUCUCUCAGAGGGGUCAACAUGUGUUGCCAAUCCUACAGAGACAGCUCUUCUUUUCCAGCAGAGAGACAAUAACUUGACAAGUCACACACACGUACACAACCAUUACAAAGAGAGAGGUACAAGUGGAAUCUAGUGCCUGGAAUAAAAGACCCUAAAGAAAACAACAUUUCAAAGCCCACUAGGGCACCCAUACCUUUCGUGACUUCCAAGGUCAUGCGAAGUUGAAGUGCUGGUGGUUAAAUGUUAAGUGCCUGAUACACGGUUGUUUGCAAGCCUAUUUUUUUCAUGGUAUUCAGGAGAAAUGCCACAAAUGUAAGUCGGAAGUCCAUGCUCUGUUGGGCAAGGGCAGACAAAACGUUUUCACUUCAGCAUCUCAAGUGCCCUGCGAAUUGAACCCAUGCUUUGGAAAAAAAUCCCAUUUUCCCAGGGUAGCAGGAGCGUUAGGCUCUCAGCUCUGUAUCCCAGACGCCCCGUCUUGUUUCACGUGAGGAAGACGUUAUGGGUUAGGCGUGUAGAAAGCCAGAGCACACGAAGUCGUACAAAGGUCCAGGACGUGUUACACUGACUUUAAACAAAACUAUUAAACCAUGCACUAAAACAAACACACACACACACACACACACACACACACACACAAUUGCUGCAGACGAUUCACCUGGAAAAUGUCUAAGAUGUUACACUCCAGAUUGUCCCAAGCGGAGCUGCAUGAAAAUACCUAGUGGCGCUUGAUGAGGAGUGAGAUUCCUCCCCACCCCCACUCGAUCUGGGCAGCCAACUUGCCCAUCAAAGGGAAAAGCAACAACAACAACAAAAACCAGUGAUUUACAGGUUUCUUAUCUCUGGAAACUGGGGAAAAAAAUAAACAGCAGCCACAAGGUGAAAUUGAACAAAUACCUUCAGGUGGCACAAAAAAAUGUGAUUUUCCUCCCCUCUUCAUUCCCCACCAACAGCAAGAGGGCUGUAGUUUUUGCACAGCCCUCAUUUCAAAAACCUUCAAGUGCAAUUUUCCUCCUCCCCCAAAGAGAGGAAUGUUUAAGUAGCCACAGGACGCCUUUAUCGGAGGUUGGUGGUAGAUUAGAGAAAAUAAUUUCCAAAUAAUGAUAAGAUGGAAAAAAAAUCCUAUUCAAAAGGAAACAAGAGUCUAUUCUUUUCCUACAAGAGAGAAACAAAACAAAAUAUGACUGUUAAAAGCUGUUGCAGAAAAUAGCCAACCAACAGAUACCGUCCUUUCCAUAGUCAAUGCUCUGGAAGAGGCCAAGUGAUAUUCAAUCAAUGCACAUUGCCCUUCAGAUAGUCAAUACUUUGGUACUAAGGCCAAAUUUAAUCAUGUCCUUCAAAUAUUGAACAUGCUGGCUCCAAAGCUAAGUGAAAUGGAGUUGAUCAGACCUUUUUGGAAGAUGGCAACUGCAUGCCCAGAUCUUCAUGUUACUUUAAAGGGAUCCUUUAAGCACUCCAAAACCCAUGGCUUCCAGACUGAAUUCUUCCAGCAACCAUGGGUGGUGAGCACCACGAACGGGAAAUCCUCUCACCUAAUCCCCUCUGAUCCACGUGGUUGGUUCAUUUCGGCAGAGGAAACUAAACAGAAUGGUCUCCCUUUAUCAUGGCUAACAGGGAGCACUUUUUUUUUAAGCAUUCAAGUUUCUUGUGACACGUAAAGUGCAGUUGUGAGGAACAUGUUGGGUGUAUGAAACCGUUACCUGUCCAGUUCAGAGUCCUUUCUCUUUGCUAGGUUUAAAAAAUUCUAUGACUUAUCAAUGGCGCAGUUCUAUUAGCUGUGUAAAGGCUAUGGUUGUGCACAUUUUACUCACAAUUAUCCUGAAAACAACAAAAAUAAAUAAUUUCUGUAUUCAAACGCUUUAAAGAAAAAAAACAAUCACAUUGUUACAAAAAAGCAAACUUUUUUUUCCGACAGCCUUCUAGGGUUACUUUAAUUUGAUUAUUAUUUCUUAAAGCAAUGAAGUCAAGUCUUGAUUUUUCCGUCAAUAAUUGUAUUAAAAAGGGUGAAUAUACUACCUGAAUUUUGUGCAUGUUACAUUGUAGUUGUAACCUUUUCUAAUUCAGAAAGAAUAAGAGAUGGUUGUGAUUGUGCAGUGUAUCAAUAAAGUUUGAAGAAAUUUGUA